AUGUUGUUUGCUGCCUUCUUUGCACUUGCUCUCACCAUAGCCGCGAGCGCUCACGAAAUCAUUGUAAAAGGUCGUUUCGCGUGUGAUACUAGAGAUGGCGAAGUACCAGUGUAUGUCGAACUUAUGGAGAAGGAGAUGUUAGAAGAUCAGCGUCUCAAUUGGACAAUCACGUCCGGAAAAGGAACGUUCGAACUUACAGGAUAUGACGACGAGUUCUAUGGCGUGCGGCCGUAUAUGAGGAUUAUGCAUUUAUAAAUUGUCGCCUAUUUUGGAGGACGACGUGGAACUGUUGUAAUCGAUAUGAAGGAUAUCGAUCUGGAGGAUAGAAAGCUCAAGGAAGACCUCAGUUACAGAUUCUCAGAAUAA